GUUUCCGAGGACUUAGCAAAAGGAGGUGUAAGUCAUAUCAAUAAUUACGAUAACCUCAACUAACAUCAAGUACUUAGAAGGUUUUAAAAAUCUAGCGAAUUCUUCCGGUAAUGUUAGUGGGUUAUUUAGUAUCAUAACCGUGUAUGGGAAGUGUUUUUUUUUGCAAGGAUUACGAGAAAAGAAAUCAGGAUAGAAAGAGGUGACUGUGCAUAAGUAGAACCAGUUUUGUUGUGAUCAUUUCUUAGUUGUAUAACCGUGGAGAUACGGAAAGUGUGGACGCUGGCAAGAGGACUGUUCGCUAAUGGCGUGGACGAACCCGGCCAUCAGGCUCUACUGGGUCAUCUGGCUGGCGACAAGACAUCAGACCUUGAGUGUUCAGCAGUCUUACGAGCCAUUCCAGACAACGCCCGAGCUGAUAAACAGGCACGGAUACCCCGUGGAGAGCCACACACUCGUCACAGAAGAUGGCUACCAGCUCACCCUCCAUCGAAUCCCCUACAGCGCCAAAUUCCGCCGACGUCACAGCCCUUUAGACAACAACCCUCUCAACUCUAAUGAAGCUGGGACAGAGUCUGAACCUCGAGGAGGCAGGACAGACUACGCGUUUGAAACAAGUGGCAAGCCUGCGGUGUUCCUUCAGCACGGUGUAUUGGCAAGUUCGCUGGAUUGGGUCCUCACCGGUCCUCACAAAGCUCUGGGUUACAAAUUAUCGGAUGCCGGUUAUGAUGUGUGGAUGGGAAAUCUAAGAGGAACCAUAUAUUCAACUCGGCAUAAAAAUUUCAGCAACACGCAGCCAGAAUUCUGGAACUACAGCUGGCACGAAAUUGGCAUGUAUGACCUACCUGCCAUGGUUGACUACGUGCUGCGAGUGACCGGACAUCCUGACCUCUAUUUCGUGGGUCACUCGAUGGGGGCUACUGUCGCAGUGGUAAUGCUCUCCGAGAGACCGCAGUACAACGACAAACUAAAAAUUACUAUUCUUCUCGCACCUGUCGUUAAGUUGCAACACAAUACAAGCAUCUUCCGACACUCCGCUCCACUGUGGAAGGCGCUGCAGGGAGUCAGCAGCUACUCCGGAUUGCACGGGUUCCCACCAAAUCCUCAGCUCAUACAACGACGCCUAGAGCCAGUGUGUGAGGAGCAAUACAUAGGAAGGGGGCUCUGUGCAAACAUCCUCCACACGGUGGCCGGGUACUCCAAGGAACUCAAUCAGACUCUCCUGCCGGUGUUGUUCGGGCAUUACCCGACUCAGACUUCCACCAGAACACUGUCGCACUUUCUCCAAGGAAUGAACACAGGAAAAUUUUCAAAGUACGAUUAUGGGUUGGAAGACAACAUGGCCCUUUAUAACCACGCCGAACCGUCAGAAUACAUUUUGGGCAGCAUCAGUUCUCCUGUGGCGAUAUUCUGUGGCGACAGUGACCCCUUUACGGAUCCACAGGACGUGUCCUGGCUAGCGGAUCAGUUUCCAAACCUCGUCGGCAACUACCUGGUUCCUUCUGAAUCGUUCAGCCAUCUUAGUUUCCUCUGGGCCACCAACGUGGAUGAGAUUCUGUACGACCCGAUGAUCAGGCUACUGGACCGGUACAAACUGCAAUGAAGCCGAGCCAAUGUCAAAACAUCUGGCGGCUUGACAAGACAGCGCUACAAGGCAAUCGGAGACAGUGAAGAAACAUUUGUCUUCGAAACCGCAAAUAUUCCCUAUUUUACGUACAUACGCAUAGUUUUAUAUUCAUGUAACACGGGUGAAAGUACUGCAUUAUCUUCAAUUAUUGUAGGUGAUGACAGACGUUCAUGGAAAGGUACACUUUAGUGCUAAGUCCCCCCUGAAAAUGCCUUCGCUUCUAGGAAGGCCGCUGGCAUUGGAGGAAGAGAUGUAUUAAUUAAACAGGAAUGCGAUGACAAAUUUUUUAAAGCCGUUUCACACGCUGACCAUGCAAAUACAUCAUUGUCACAAUUGGAACGUUGAUUAGUGUACAGAUAAAAUAAUAUUUACAAACUACGUGCUUCUGCCAUGUGUUUCGCUUUCGGAUAUUAUUUCUUCAAAGUGCCAAAUUCCAUGGAGUAGAGUCCUUGGGAAAACGACGGUGUCAGUUAGGAACAGAUUUCUCGCCUUUCAUGGAAAUCGAAAGUUCAUUACGGUAUUCACCAGCCAGAAUCCUGAGACACAUCAAUCCAGUCUACAUCCUCCUAACCGAUCCAUUUUAAUAUUGUCCUCACAUCUACGUCCACAUCGUCCGAAUGGUUUAAUCGUUUCAGACAUUCCAACUAACAUUUUGUACCCAAUUCUCAUCUAACCAAACGUCUAUCUGCUUUCUCAUCGCAAUAUCCUUUAAUUGUCCAUUAAAAUACGGUGAAAAGUA